ACACCACCACUCAAUUCUUCAACCAAUCGAUAUUCCAACAUGGGAUCCAUCUUCAAGUGUCUGAAGAACUUGUUCCGCCGACCACCAUGGCCCAAGCUCAAUUUCCCGGUUACCGGCUUUGAGACCAUCAGCGAAGAGUGUCUCUUAGAAGAAGAAAGGCUUCCGAGUUUCAGAAAGACAGAUUAUUACCCUGUGAACAUCGGCGACGUCUUCGCCUCUCGAUAUCAGGUCGUGGGAAAGCUCGGCUUUGGCGUGACUUCCACGGUGUGGCUGGCACGCGACCUCCCAAUGCGAAAAUAUGCCACACUGAAGAUCUACAGACGGUACCAAGAAGACGCCAAAGAGUCCGAGAUCUACAAGGCACUCAGAGAUGGCGAUACGAAGCAUUGGGGCUACCAACAUAUCCGGACUGCCCAAAACACGUUCAAGAUUGCGCGACCAGGAGGCGAUCAUUUGUGUCUUGUUCAAGAGCCAAUGGGCGAUAGUCUUAGCUUUUUCCAGUCGCGGAUUGCCAACCGUCGGUUUUCAGUAGAGCUGCUUCGGAUGUCGCUCGUAAAGCUCUUCCUCGCAUUGGACUAUCUUCACAAUGAGUGCAAGCUAGUACACACCGACAUCAAGCUUGACAACAUCUUCCUUUCGAUCUCCGAUAAGGGAAUUCUUGAAGAUUUCGUCAAAGAGGAGAUGUCGAAUCCUAGCGCGAGGAAGCUGGGCGAGUAUCCAGUGUAUGCGUCUCGUGGCUUCAAAUAUCCGAAUGGCUUUGGGGAUAUCAAGCUUGGAGAUUUUGGUGCUGCCGAACGAGGAGACAAGAAGCAAACGCACGGCGUACAGCCGGCACAGAUUCGGUGCCCAGAAAUCCUCUUCGACAGGGGUUGGAGCUAUCCUGCAGACAUAUGGAAUGUGGGUGUCCUGGUAUGGGAGCUUUACGAGAACAAGAUCAUGUUCAGCGGUCAGCACCCCGACGGAAGCGGGUAUGCCGCACUCGCACAUGCGGCAGAGAUGAUCGCAGUGCUCGGUCCACCUCCCAAGGAAUGGCUUGCAGAUGAUCCAAGAAACAGCCAAGUUUUCGACGCUGAAGGCCAGUGGAUCGGUCAAGUCCCGGUCCCAACGGAUCGGAAACUGGAAGAUAGGGAAGAGAAUCUGACCGGCGACGAGCAGAAGGAAUUCCUCGACUUCAUGCGAUGCAUGCUACAGUGGAGACCGGAAGACCGUAUGACUGCGAAUCAACUGGUCGGUCACCCAUGGCUCAAGGCUAAAGAGCUUUUGGGCAUAGUACCAAGCUGAUUACGGCCCCUAUGGUCGCUCACCCAUGUCCGGGAUCGAAUAUCCGCGCUCUCCCCGAAAGACAGGAAAAAGUCAAGAGUCAACGACUUUUAUGAAGUUGAGACAGAGUUGUGCUGUUGCUUGACUCGACGCAAGGCCUAAAGUUCUUUUGCUGUAGCAGAUCAACCGCAAUCGGGAAAGCGCAAGGACAACGUUGCCCAGGGGCAACAAUGAAGUAACCAUUUCCUGUCUUUAUCUCCACGACGGUGGACCUCAAAAGCCGCAGGCUUUGAGUAAAAUAG